CGAAAGGCAUAGGAAUGCGACAACAUCGUACUCUGCUUUUGAAGACCAAAGAGUUUUUUCUUCUAAAGCAGAAUCACUCAAACGGAUGAGACUGGAUAAAUCGGGAAGUUAUCACACAGAAGAGAUUUUGUACUCCGCAUCUUUGACAGCAGGUACUACAUCUGAAGAUAUAUUUAAUUCAAGAUCAAAUUUUGUUGAAAUAAAAUGAUAUGGAUUGGAAGAAACUCAUUGGACUUUGCACAGAUGGCGCACCUGCAAUGAUAGGUGUACGAUCGGGC